AUGUAGUUCAGUUUUUGUUUGGAACUUCUCAGUCUGUGUUCGGUGUCGUGUUGUUUCUUCAAUUUUUGUGUCCGCCGCAAAAGUUUCCUAAAUAUUUCUGGAAUUAUUUAAUUUUUUUAUUUUACAAUAAACGCACCCAUUCAAUUAUUCAUUUCAAUUAACUUCAGUGCUGCUACACAAUUGAGUUGAGCUAUUGUUUGUCCGUGUUUGAACUGGUUUUUGUUUUUGGUGUUAUUAAAUUUUUUUUAAUUGACAAACAUCAAUCGCAGCGGAGAGGCUUACAUACUUGCAAAUAAAGCAGCAGCAAAGAAGGGCAAGACAAUUUUCAAUUAAAUUGUCAUCACGUGAGCAUUACGUGAGCGUAUUGUGCAGAAAACAAAAAAAAAAAAAACAUAAAUUUAAGUCUCAAACAAAACAUCUUCCAAAAAUAUUUGUUCAUUGUUUUUGUUGUUGUCACGCAGACAAUAUAUAUCUUAUCACAAAAAAAAAAACAGCAGUAAAAACAACAAAAAAAAAUAUCUAGAGCAUUUAGCCUAGUAAAUCAUUUUGAUAACGAGAAGACAAAUUUUAUUUGUUUAAAAUAUUGACAUAAUGAAUAAUUUGGAUGACACGCCUAUACCAGAUCCUGGUUCCAGUGGUGAUAAGCAGGAGAGCAAACAUUCUAGCGCUUUAAAGAAAACGAGUCGUUAUAGAAGCCGUUCCCUAUCUGCCAGUUCGACAGAUUCGUUCAGCUCUCAGUCGUACACGGGCAGUAGUUCCGAUGAUGGUGACGAACUGCCGCCACGUGAGAAAGUCCAAAAGAACACCAAAGGCAAUUCAGAUUUUUGCGUGCGCAACGUCGCUGCCCAGCACACGUUUGGUCGCAGGGAAAUCGAAAUUGCCGAACAGGAAAUGCCCGGCAUAAUGGCUUUGCGGAAGCGUGCGGCUGAGGAUAAACCGCUGAAGGAUGCAAAAAUCGUGGGCUGCACUCAUAUCAAUGCACAAACAGCUGUGCUCAUCGAAACACUUGUGCAGUUGGGGGCCAGAGUACGUUGGGCUGCUUGCAAUAUCUACUCGACACAAUCAUUUUAG